UGGUAUGAGUAUAUAAGGGCCUCGGUGUGUGAGAGGCCGGCGUGUUCAUUCAGCUAGGCGGAGCACAGAAAUCACUAUGAAGAGUCUGAUCGUCCUCGUGGCGUGCCUCGUCCUCUCAGAGGCCAUCAUCAGGGUUCCCCUGAAGAAGUGUAAGUCAAUCAGGGAGACUCUGCGGGAGAAGGGAAUCCAUCUGCCCUACAGUGAUCCCGCCCUCAAAUAUCAGCGCCCUGAGGUCCUGGCCACCAGCACCAUCGAGCCCAUGACCAACUAUGCUGAUUCGUCCUACUAUGGUGUGAUCAGUGUUGGCACUCCGGCCCAGUCCUUCCGGGUUCUCUUUGACACUGGGUCUUCCAAUCUGUGGGUUGACUCUGUCUAUUGCAGCGCCCAGGCAUGCACCACUCAUACCCAGUUCAACCCUCAGGAGUCCUCCACCUACCAAUCCACCUCCCAAACCUUCUACGUGUCCUAUGGAGCUGGAUAUCUCGAUGGCGUCUUUGGAUAUGACACCGUGACUCUGUCUGGCAUCACCAUCCCCAACCAAGAUAUUGGUCUGAGCACCAACGAGCCUGGCGAGAACUUCGUGGUGGCUCAGUUUGAUGGAAUCCUUGGUCUGGCUUACCCAUCCCUUGCUGUCGGCAGUCAGACGCCCCUUAUGGAUACGAUGAUGCAACAGGGUCUCCUGGAGCAAGACUUGUUUGCUGUCUAUCUGAGCGCGAAUGAGCAAUCCGGCAGUGAGGUGGCUUUCGGUGGAGUGGACCAGAACAUGUAUCAGGGUGAAAUCUACUGGACCCCUGUGACUUCUGAGACCUACUGGCAAAUUGGCAUUCAAGAGUUUCUGAUUGGAGGACAACAGACUGGCUGGUGCUCCCAGUACAGCGGCUGCCAGGCCAUUGUGGACACUGGUACCUCUGCGCUCACUGCCCCUCAGUCAUAUCUGUCCAGCCUGAUGCAGUCUAUUGGAGCAGAGGAGAACAGUUAUGGAGAGUAUGCUGUGGACUGCAGCACGGCAGGCAAUCUCCCCAGUCUGACCUUUGUCAUUAGUGGAACGGAAUUCAAUCUGUCUCCCUCUGCCUACAUCCAGGAGACCCAGAGUGGCUACUGCACCGUGGCCAUCACCCCCACCUACCUGCCCUCUCAGAAUGGCCAGCCCCUCUGGAUCUUUGGAGAUGUGUUCCUCAGGGUGUUCUACUCUGUGUACGACCGCGCCAACAACCAAGUGGGCUUUGCCACUGCUGCCUGAACACCAUCGCCAAUACAACACUCCUAACAGCUCAAAGGCUUCACAGACUUUACCCACAUGUCUAAUGGAAGCUAGAGUCUCCUUAGCAACAUCAUUAAUACUUCUCAUUAAUUGCAUUGACAUUGGAAGAUCGCUGUUGGCAGCCUGUGACUAGCCAAUAAAAAGCCUGCAGAUGUUUUUCUUGAAAUCUGAUUUUUUUUUUUUAAUGACAGUAAUAGACAAACACAAUCAGUCAUAAUCGAAAUGUAUAUUUUUAAAAAUCCCCUAUUCAAUAUAUUGAAACAAUAUUUCACUCACUGUUUAUUGGAGCAUUUAGAUCAAAAUAAAAAAGCAAACUGCACAGUC